UGUUAAUUAAAACAAUUUACAUAGUUGAAAAUAAUUCUCUUAAAACAAUUUUGUUAUUCUAAAUAAGUUGAAAAGAAAAUUAAGAUUUUUUUUAUAAAAAAUCAAGUUUAAAGUGAAAAUGGUUAUGUCAGAGUUGCGUUGGCAUACAACACCGGAGGAUAAUAAUUCACUAAAACGUGAUUUAUUAAAGACACCAACCUCAGCCCAUCCUCAUCACCACCACCAUCAUCAUCAUCACAUUAUGCAUAAUCGAUAUAUUAGCCGUUUAUCCCGAUCUCCAUCACCCAUGCAAUCGAAUGCUUCCGAUUGUGAUGACAAUAACUCCAGCGUUGACAACUCUAGUGAUCGCUGUCGCUCUCCCGAAAGUCCUGCCAUGGGUCUAACACAUCCUCCGCUUAAGCGAAGACAGCUAGCAGCCCUACACUCCAAUCCCCUGCACUCUUUGCACCACCACUAUCAACAUUCCUCACCACCACCCGCCACACCACAAGCUGCUCACUCGCCCAAACUAAUAAAACAUCACAAAGAACUAGCAGAUGAUGAGCAAGAAGAAGGUGCUUUAAAUUUAACUAGUGAAAAUUCCCGGCAUUCCUCGCAAUCUCCCUCGUUAUCGGUAAAGUCGGUAAAACCCUGCACAGCCUCACCCACAAGUGCAACACAUCAACAACAACAGCAGCAGCUGCACCACUUGCCCCCACAGCAAUCAACAUUACCUUUGCCCUCUUUAAGCAACAGUCCCCUGCCAGUAUUAGCUCCUGUUUUAGCAUCACCACAAGCCCAGCUAGCGGCAGCAGCCGGUUUGAGUUUGGGCAAUCCUUUAUUGGCCCAGGCUGCUUUGGGUACUCCCUUGUCGUCACAUGACUUUUCACAAUUCCAGCAAGCCCUGCAGCAACAACAACAUUCCUUGCAACAGCAAUUUCAAAAUUAUUUAGACAUUCUAAGAAGUGGUUCCUUAAACUUGGGUCCCUCUGAUGAUCCCACAGUGGCUGCCCAAAUGGCCACUGCCCAAUUCUUGCUACAAAGACAGGCUUUGAAUCAGGCUGGCCUACAGUUGCAGGCUUUACAGAAACAACAGGAACUACAACAUGAUCGCAGUGAUGUUAGCACAUCAACAGCAGCAACACAUGAACCUCUACAAUUGAAAAAUCAUCAUCAUCAACACCACACUUCAACGCCCACACAUCGUAGUCCCAUGCACAGUCCGGCCACUUCACCCCUACCCUCUAUAUACGCCUCCAGUCAUAUGUCGCAUAAUUCCCAUCAGACACCACCACCCUCCAAUAGCUCGGGUUCCAUAAAGGUAAGCGGCCUAUUAACUCCCAAUACACCCGGUGGUGGCGGUCCACAAACACCGCAAAUGCCCAAAAAUUUGGCUAAUGCUCCUAGAGCUCCAGAACCAUCACCCGAAGAGACUACCGACCUGGAGGAAUUGGAACAGUUUGCCAAGACCUUUAAGCAGAGACGCAUAAAGCUGGGUUUUACUCAGGGCGACGUGGGUCUGGCCAUGGGUAAAUUGUAUGGCAAUGAUUUCUCACAGACCACCAUAUCACGCUUUGAAGCUUUGAAUUUGAGCUUUAAGAAUAUGUGCAAAUUGAAGCCGCUGCUGCAGAAAUGGUUGGAUGAUGCAGAUCGUACAAUACAAGCGACCGGAGGUAUUUUUGAUCCCGCUGCCCUGCAAACUACCGUUACCACACCCGAAAUCAUGGGUAGACGACGCAAGAAGCGAACCUCCAUUGAAACUUCCAUACGUGGAGCCCUCGAAAAAUCUUUUAUGUUAAAUCAAAAACCAACUAGUGAAGAGAUCACCCAAUUGGCCGAUCGUUUGUGCAUGGAAAAAGAGGUGGUGAGAGUGUGGUUCUGUAAUCGUCGCCAAAAAGAGAAACGUAUCAAUCCCUCUCUAGAUAGUCCCGACAAUGGAGACGAGUCACCGUACAUGAUGAUGUAAGGGGGAGAAAGAGAAGCAGUGCAGUCAGCAUACAGUAUUGAAAAAAAUAACGGGCAAUGAGGCAAUCGAAUUUUAAAAUUUUGUAUAUAAAAAUCAUCGUUUUAAGCAACAAAUAAAAACAGGAAAGAAAUAUAAUUUUUUGAAUAAUAAAUAAGUAAUAAGGACAACAAUUGAAGACAAAAAAGAUUUCAUAAUUUAAAAUCUUUGAAAGACGUUUUAGAUCUGAACAUUAUUUUAUAAUACUUAAAAAUUUUAAUUAAAUGUCUUAGAAUUUUUAGUUAAAACUUAAAAAAACACACACACACAUUUGAGUCUUAAAAUCGA